AUGGACGAGCUCAGUGUCGCUUUCGGUGCGCUUAGUUUGAAUGGCAUCUUCCGGAUCCUGGACUUACCUUCAGAGCUAUUCAGCAGCGUCUGCAACCACUUGGACAUCGGCUCCCUACUAAGCAUCCGGCUGGUCUCGCGCGGCAUCAGCGAUCGUUCAACAUUCACUUUCGGAACCCGUUCCUUGGUGCAUCUAGUGGCUUUACCGCGUUUCGAUAGCCUCAGCGUCUUGUUGCAUUUUGCACGUCACAAGAAGUACUCGCGGUACGUCAAGACUAUAUCGAUUAGUGGCGAAAUCGGCGGCUCUCCUUCGAUACCUUACGUUGGAAUGCCUCUGUCGACAGCUGAGGAUAUGCUCACAGAAGCGUUUCGCAACUUUGAGAACCUGGAGACUAUUCGAAUAGACAGCUUUUCCUACGUGCACAUUCACUAUCGAUCUCCAAAAGCGAUCGGUCUCCGUUGCGGUCCAAUGUGGCUUCUUAGCGGGCAACUUCGUUGCGACUUCAGUGCUCUGAGUCACUUGUUCAAGGUUGUGAUUGAAUCUAUCCGCCGCGCGAAUAUCUGCGAUAAGAUUUAUCUCGAUCUAAACCUUCUUGUUCAAGAAGCUUCGCAGUACAACAACUUCAGCAACUCGCCUAUCCAGACUGAGCUAUUUGACCUCGGCUCCCCUUUCUGGAAAGAAAGGUUGUCGCUCAAGGUCCGCAAAGUCGAACUUGUCCCUACUGUGACCAGCGGUUGGGCUUCCGACCUUGCCGCUUCAUGUCCGGAUCUGAAGGAACUCAAGCUACGUGGUCAUGACGGGCGCAUCAGUUUUGACAAUAACCACGGCAGUGUUCAUGUUUGGCAGCACCUUCAAGUCCUUAUCCUGAAGGACGUUCAUCUGGACAAUACCGCUAUAGUCGACUUCCUCAAGGCGCAUCACGGUACGCUUACUCAUCUCAACCUCACGCUUGUCUUCCUGGACAACGGGACGUGGGCAGAUAUACUACAGACCAUCCAUGAUCUGCCAGCUUUGGAGAGUUUACGUCUCUCUUCACUGGGCCAGAGUGUACCCUACACUACAGCGCAGCAACCGACUGAUGAACUGAGCUCCGUCAGGUGUUGUAAUCGGUCGGAGAUCUUGCUCGCCCUAGGAGCUCUGCUUUCAGAUGUUUCUACCUAUGAAGAGUAUGACAGCAGUAUGGUUUGCCACGAGAUCGACUUCACAUCAGCAAAUAUUGCUUUGUCAUCGAUCAAGAGGUCCUAA